UAGCCAACUGAAAAAUACAAGUGGCACAAAAUGACUUAGAGCUUUCCAUCUACAGCCCACACAAAAGGCCUCAAAACCAGAAAUAGAAUCGAAACAAAACAAAAAAUGGCAGGGGUUUCAGCAAAACCACUAUCUGCUUUAUCCAUUCCUUCAAUCCCCAUAUUAGUCACUGUUAAAACCUCCCACCAAUCUCUAAACAGUAUUAAGCUUCCGAGUAAUGCAAAUUGUUCUACUUCAUAUGGUGUGAGAUAUACAAGUACUAAUAAUGGUAGAAACUGGAUAAGGAAUGCUGCUGGCUUGACGGAUAUCGAACCGGACCUUAAUGAGGAUCCUGUGGAUAGAUGGGAUAACGCCGGUAUCAGUGAUGAUGAUUUCAUCUACGGAGAGUAUGAUGGACACCACACAUACAAUGAAGGAGAUGACAAAUCAACUUUUUGGGGAUCAAUAGCAGAAGACUAUGCAGCAGUCGGUCCUCCCUCUGGUUUCCAAGGUCUCAUCUCAUGGCUAUUUCUUCCCUCAGUGGCUCUCGGGAUGUACCUCAAUGUUCCGGGAGAGUACUUGUACAUAGGGGCGGCCAUAUUCAUUGUAAUAUUUUGUAUAAUCGAGAUGGAUAAACCCAGUGAGGCGUACAACUUCGAGCCUCAGAUAUAUAACAUGGAGAGGGGUGCUCGAGACAAGUUAAUAUCGGACUACAACACCAUGGAUAUAUGGGACUUCAAUGAGAAAUAUGGAGAACUUUGGGAUUUCACUGUAACCAAAGAUGAUAUCAUGAAAAGAUAGAUAGAUAUAAAUAUGUAUGUAUGUAUCAUAUUUAUUUAAUCGUCAAAUUCUUAUAGAACUUCACCUCAUCGGCUCAUCAUGUAUAUGGAAUACCAUUUUGAAA